AUGGGCAAGAGUAGUGACCGGAAGGUGACGCUGAAGGAAGUGUCGCUCAAGACUUCAGGGAAGUACAAGUGUGAAGUGUCAGCUGAAUCUCCCUCAUUCCACACUGACUCUGGCUCAGGAGAACUGCUAGUUGUCCACAUUCCGGAGAACGACCCUCACAUCUCGGGCAUACAUACCAAGUACCAUGUGGGAGAUGUGGUACAGGUCAAUUGUACCUCGUCGCCCUCCAAGCCUGCCGCCUCCCUCAUGUGGUACAUCAACGACAAGCAGGCGGAUAGUGUGUCUCUGAUAGACUAUGCGCCAGUACCCAACAGCGAGGGACUGGAGACUUCUAUCCUCGGUCUGCACUUUCGCGCCCGGCUGAGCCAUCUUCAGAAGGGGCACCUCAAACUGCGCUGCACCGCGACCAUCGCCGCUGUCUACUACCGCGAGAACACAAUCUUCGCUCGCGCUCAUCUCACGCACCGCGUUGACCCGUUGGAAGGACGUGGCUUGUUUACUGGUGGGUCGUGUGGUGUUGCAAGUGUUGACGCACUGGUGAUGAUGGCAUGUGUUGUGCAGGUGUGGCUGAGGUAACACCCACUGCCUGCUCUCCCUCCCACCUUCACACCAACCACCUGCAUAAUUACACGCCACCUACACAGGUGUAUGCGUGUGUAUGUGUGUGUUUGUGUGCGUGUGUGUGUGUGUGUGUGUGUGUGUGUGUGUUUGUCUCCUGGCCGCCCGCGUACUUCAAACACCCUCCAAUCAACCCACAAUUGCACUACCGCCCCUUCGAUGCAACUAACCAGCCAGUCAACCUGCCUAGCAGCCCAGCCCUUCCCACCGUCUAUCAAGCCUCAACACAGUGCCAAAUGUAAUACUGCCUCGUCUGUCCUAGAGUGAAGACCGUGAGUGCAAUCUUAAGGGAGCGCAGCUUCAGUGUGCAACCUUAAGGGGGCAACCUUUGAAUGAAACAAAAUGAGAGUGCAUUUGUAGAAUACAGCUUAAGAAUGUCCUCUGAAGUGCAUCGUAUAAGUGCAACCUCAGAGUGAAUUCAUGAAUCGAAACCUACGGGUUCAUCCUGUGAGUGAAAGAACUGACGCUCUUCUGAGUGCAAAAAACCGACGCUCCUGAGUUGUUUACAUAAAACAUUUUAAACUUCAGAUUUACUGUAAAAGAAACUGAAUCCAAUUGACAAGUAACUUUAACUUGUUAGAAAGAAUUUAAAGGGGAAAAAAUAAAAUAAUUAUAUGUUAAAUGUUGUGAAAUCGUCUAAUUGUGAAACAAACAAAAAAAUAAUAGAAUUUUGAUAUUACUUGAAAUAUUACAGAGACACGAUUUGUGUAUUUUAAAAGCUGGUUAAAACUGAAGAGAGAAAAAGAUUGUUUAUAUUUCGUUGUGAAAUCUGUUUAUCUUGAUGUAGUUAAUGACUAAUCUGAUUAAUUAAUUUGCUUCUUUUUUUGGUAUAUAAAGAUAGUAAGAAAGGUUAUCAAAGUGGAAUAUCGUGAGAUUUUAUGAGAAAUUAACUCAAACGAAAGAGAUCUGAAAUGGCACACUUUUAAAAUAGAAGAAGAAGAAGAAGAAGAAGAAGAAGAAGAAGAAGAAGAAGAAGAAGAAGAAGAAGAGAAGACAAGAAGAUGUUGAAUACAGAAAAAGAGAAAAGUGUGGUCAGGCUAAACAUCACAAAGUUAACAGGAGUAAAAUUCGUCACAUCAGAAGCUAUGAAGAGAAUUCAACCUGACUCUCGAAGAAGUCAAUAUCACUCGAGUAUAUUAAAAUAAAAAGAAUAACUUUUACAGUUUUUAACCAGAUAAAAAAUAAAUUGCUGUGAUUUGGUAAUGAGACCUUUUUUUUUUUUUUUUGAUAUCUCAUAAAAAUAUAUAUAUUUAUAUUACUUUAACAGACCGUCAGAAAAAUGGUGAAUGUUUUUGAAUGGCAGUGCGAAGACGUGCUCAAAAAUAUAUACGUACGAACAAGUCUAUUGGUAUGGUUUUAUACAAAUACAAUUUCAUAUAUGAAAAGCAUAUUGAGAAAGUGAUGAUGAGAAGCUAGAAGUUAGAAAACAUGGAAACCAACACUUGAUUUUGUAGAUGUAUAACUAACACUUUCAGCUCAGUUUGAAGCUUGUAAAAAAAAGUCAUCAAUUUGUGCAGUUUGUGAGAAGCAUAAAGGUCAGUGGCGUGAAAAUUUGUGAGACGAAAGAAAAGUAACAGUCGUAUUGUCACCGGUUUAUAAUACAUGUUAAAAGAGUACAUGAACAUUAAACUCACGGAGAGUACAUAAACAUUAAGCUCACCGAGAGUACACAAUCAGGAAAUAAUUCUUGACUAUUAAUUCAGUAAAAAAAAACGGAACGACAUAAACAUAGCCUGCGUGAAAGGGUUAUAAAAAACGGUAUUACAAAGUGAUGUUGCAAGUUGAUGUAACAUUGAUGUGUGUCCCUCCUCUCACCCUCUCCCUCUCCUCCCCCCCCCCCUCCCUCCCAAAAACAAUAUAGAAAAAUCUAUUUAACAUAUGUGAUAUUGGGAAAGAGAGGUUCUCAGUGUGAGUGACGUACAUAAGAAUAACCCUCUCAGUUAAAACAUUAUACGAUGACGGGAAAAAUGAAAAAUAACGAAAUAGCGGAAGGAUACUGUCACCAUUGCUGGAGGUUUGCAUAGGGGCAUGAAUUACUGUUACUGCGAAGCUCUGCUGUGACCAACGCAGAGGCAAAAAAUUUGUUUGAGUUAUUACGAGAGUUCAGUGUACUUUAGAAAGUGUGAUAGCACUCGGUAACCGAUAACAGCAGUGGCAGCAGCAAUGGCAGGGAUAUCAUCAACAGCGGGAGCAGAAACAGUGACAGCAGCAGAAGCAACGGUGACAACAACAGUUUGUGAAUCAUUACACGAAGUAGCAGCAACAGCAACAGCAUUUGCUACAUCACCAGAGUCAUCACAAGCAGCAUCACCAGGUGCACUAACAGCAUCAUAGCAGCAGCAGCAUUAUCAACGGCUGCGCUGCCAUGACCAAAAAAUAGCAGCAGCAUGAGUAGCAGCAACAGCAGCAACAGCAGCAGCAAUAGCAGCAGAGUGGCUAAAACUAUUGCAGAGUAUAAUGAUGCUGAUAGCCUGCAGCCCCUUUCAUCUGCAGCCGGUGUGAGUGUGUUUAUCUUGGGUGUGUGCGACAGUGAGGCCACGCGGACGGUCCCAGGCCACAUGGACGGUUCCAGGCUACACGAACCCUACCACCCACCGCACUCAAGGUUCGUUAUCGAUUCCACCAUCCGCCGCUUGAGGAGCUUAUGAAUACGUACGUAAUUAAGAGUAAUGAACAGUUUACGCUGGCAGUGUUGCUCAGCUUAGUCAGAGAGAGAGAGAGAGAGAGAGAGAGAGAGAGAGAGAGAGAGAGAGAGAGAGAGAGAACGGCAGUUCUUGCUCCUACGCCGCUUCCUGCCAUGAUGCAGUGUGUUCCGCUGCUACAGCAGCUGCAGCAGUAUGAAGGACAACGGUACAGCAGCAAAAAAGCAGCAGGAAAGGUAGCAAUAGCAAGCCACUGUUCCUUGGCCUUCUGAGAGCGGUCAUCGUUGAAUUCCGUGUCUCGUGUCAACACGGGUGUCCAGACCAUGCAAUCCUGGAGAUAUUUUUUACCUCGCCCAGCCCAUGCCCACGCCCACGCUCACGCCCACACCUGUUCUCGCCCACUCAUUCGCUCGUCCUCGUCCAGCGUCCUUGAGCACAGCGCCAUCAUAGGACCCGCUACCCCAAAAUCCAGAGUCUCUUCCUUCCAUGACCUGGUCCCACCCCUUUCAAGACUCGGUUCUUAUUUUCUAGAUCCAGCCCCGCCCAUCCAAGACCCUUGUUCGACCCCCUCAAGAACUAUUGCUGCAAGACUCACCCCUCCAAAACCCACUCCUCCAACACCCUUUCCUUUAAGACCCACUCCUCCACCACCCUUUCCUUUAAGAUCCACUCCUCCACCACCCUUUCCUUUAAGACCCACUCCUCCAAGACCCACCUCCACCCUUUGAAGCUAACACUUCCCCCUACUAGCGUCUUAAUUCAUCCUCUUUCCCUCUUGUCUCCCUGAUUUCUCCUCUCUCCUCCCUCUUCCCUCCCUUCCAUCUUCUCCCAUCCUCUUCCUCCACACCAUGUCAUCCACGGUACUGUACAUAAGAGAGAAUUUGAGUACUUCUUCUUUGCAUUUAUUUUGGCCAGUUUAGACCAAUGAUGGACUGAUUUGUGCUCAGUGAGCACCUGUCAGAGCCUGUUUUUCCCUCACGACCCUCAACCUCUCCUAAUGACCCUUCACGACCUCCUGUUGCCUCCCUCACAUCACUCCCUGCCCCUUCACGACCCUGCCUCUCUCCCACGAUCCCCUGGUUUUACGACACCCCAUCGCUAUCAAAAUGUUCCCUCUGAUCCCUCCCAUAACCCCCUUUCCUCUUACAUCCUCGUAUUUCUUCCCAUCACCGCUGUUUCCCUUUGCUUUUUUCCUCACAUUCUCUCCCCUCUCAGUCCCUCAAGCCUUAUACCCCUCCCAUUCUCACUACCGGCUUCCUUCCCUCCUUCUACUCUCUGUUGUCUUCAUUCCUUCUCCUCUCCUCUCCCCUUCCCCUCCUCCUUCUCCUCUCUCACAUCUUCCUCCACGUCCCUUCUACGUUGUGAAGAAAGUGAGAACAAUGUUAAAUGUACCUCAAGAAUUAUCAUUAAAUGUAGUUUUUUAUGGAAUGUUAUCUGCACCGUACUAGCUUCUUUAUUUAUGCAAGAUAUUUUUGUGGGAUGUCGGAGUGACGCUCUUUGGUUUACUGCACAGUGCCGUCACCAGAUUACUGCAGUCAGAUCUCCGAGUUAUCGUCGGGUGAUACUGCCGUGUCAUUCAAAGGUGACGUCAAGAGCUCAUUUCUUUUUUUAUGUCAUUACUAGGUUAUGAUGCGAUAAAGACACUAGGUAACUGUCGGGUGACAUCAUGCUCUGAUUGUAAAGUUGUGCAGUUAGGAUGCAUUAAGUAAUGUCAUGAGGGUCAAUGAAGGAGACCUCAAACAGGAUAAUGUAAGUGAUGUCACAAGUCAAUGGAUGGUUCUUCAAACCGGAGAUUGUAAGUGCUGUUAUUGGUCAAUGCAUUGUCUGUUGAACAUCAUAUUGUAAGUGAUGUCACAGGCCAAUGCAUUGUCUUUUGAACAGGAUAUUGUAAGUGAUGUCACUUUAUCAAUGUGGAUAAUGUAUUUUAUGACACAUCACAGGUCACCAUGUACUGCACUGUGAACAGAUUACUGCAUUUUGAUUCCAGCAGGUCAGUGUAUUUUAAAAUUCGAGUGAGAUAUGUAUAUUCCAUCCUCCAUCACAGACCCUUUUCAGCAGAUUUGCUGAACAUUAGUCUCCGAAAGAGACCGAAAUAAAAAAAAACUCCUCUGUUUCACGUGUAUUUUCAUCUUCUUUUUCAAGAUAUUUCUCACUUUCCACUGAUCAAUAUUCUUGACGGUCUAGCUUAAGUGUGGUACUGAAGGUAAGAUACUGGGAGUGGGAUGUAGGUUAAUACACUGGAAGAUUUCGUGGUGUUAAGAAGUCAGUUUAUGGUAUAUCAAGAAAAGGGCAAUGUUAAUGGUGUCAUCAGAUGAUUACUGAGUGGUAUUAUCAGGUCAUUACUAAAUGGUAUUACUGGUUCAUAAAUAAGUGGUGUUACAGUUCUUGGCUAAGUGAUGUUAUUUUUUUUCUGGCUAAGUGAUGUUACAGUCCAUGGCUAAGUGGUGUUACACUUCAUGAGUAAGUGGCGUUACACUUCAUGGCUAAAUGAUGUUACCAGUUCACGACUAAGUGGUGUUACAGGUCACGCUAAGUGGUGUUACCAGUUCACGACUAAGUGGUGUUACAGGUCAUGACUAAUUGGUGUUACAGGUCAUGACUAAGUGGUGUUAUAGGUCAAGACUAAUGUGUUACCAGUUCACGAUUAAGUGGUGUUACAGGUCACGACUAAGUGGUGUUGCAGGUCAUGACUGAGUGGUGUUACAGGUCAUGGCUAAGUAGUGCUACCAGUUCACGACUAAGUGGUGUUACAGGUCAUGACUAAGUUAUGUUACAGGUCAUGACUAAGUGGUGUUACAGGUCAUGGCUAAGUAGUGCUACCAGUUCACGACUAAGUGGUGUUACAGGUCAUGACUAAGUUAUGUUACAGGUCAUGACUAAGUGGUGUUACAGAUCAUGACUGUGUUACCAGUUCACGACUAAGUGGUGUUACAGAUCAUGACUGUGUUACCAGUUCACGACUAAGUGGUGUUACAGGUCACGCUAAGUGGUGUUACCAGUUCACGACUAAGUGGUGUUACAGGUCAUGACUAAUUGGUGUUACAGGUCAUGACUAAGUGGUGUUAUAGGUCAAGACUAAUGUGUUACCAGUUCACGAUUAAGUGGUGUUACAGGUCACGACUAAGUGGUGUUGCAGGUCAUGACUGAGUGGUGUUACAGGUCAUGGCUAAGUAGUGCUACCAGUUCACGACUAAGUGGUGUUACAGGUCAUGACUAAGUUAUGUUACAGGUCAUGACUAAGUGGUGUUACAGGUCAUGGCUAAGUAGUGCUACCAGUUCACGACUAAGUGGUGUUACAGGUCAUGACUAAGUUAUGGUACAGGUCAUGACUAAGUGGUGUUACAGAUCAUGACUGUGUUACCAGUUCACGACUAAGUGGUGUUACAGGUUCAUUACUAAUACCAAACAGUCCUUGUUAUAUCCUCAGCAUAUUGUGUAGUAGUUGUGACAUCACUGUGUCAUGAUAGUGACAUCACAUAGCCAAAUUUGUGGUGGAUGAGAAAUCUCAUCUCUGUGGUGAUUUUUGACAGCAAUCACCAUGUGGUGACUGUGGCGUCAUUCUGUGGUGACUGUGACGUCACUCAGUCACCGUGGCAGUGACGUCACGUCUGUACUUGUCACCUACAAAGUUCUUUUAUUUUAACAAUAACAACAAAAACAAGAACAAAUUAACUGCAGAGAU